GAGAAGAGAAUACCCUCCUUGUUGAAAAAAAAAAGAAAAAAUGGGCAGGCCACCUUGUUGUGACAAGAUUGGUGUCAAAAAAGGGCCUUGGACUCCUGAAGAAGAUAUCAUUCUGGUUUCUUAUAUUCAGCAACAUGGUCCUGGCAAUUGGAGAGCUGUACCCACUAUUACAGGGUUGCUUAGAUGCAGCAAGAGUUGCAGGCUUAGAUGGACUAAUUACCUAAGGCCAGGCAUCAAAAGAGGGAGUUUUACAGAACAAGAAGAGAAAAUGAUAAUCCAUCUCCAAGCCCUUUUGGGUAACAGAUGGGCUGCAAUAGCUUCCUACCUUCCACAGAGAACAGACAAUGACAUUAAAAAUUACUGGAAUACCCAUUUGAAGAAGAAGCUGAAGAAGAUCCAAGAAGGCCAGUCUAGAGAUGGAUCAUCAUUAACGAACCCAGAUUCAGUUUCUAGAGGACAAUGGGAGAGGAGGCUCCAAACUGAUAUUGAAAUGGCUAAACAAGCACUCUGUGAGGCCUUGUCCCCUGACUUGAAACAACCAGGAGGACAUCAAGCAUCAACAUAUAUUUCAAGCACUGAAAACAUAGCAAAGUUGCUUCAAGGCUGGAUGAGAGAUUCUCCAAAAUCAUCUGGUGGAUCAUCAAUUCUCACUGAUGAACAGCAUUCACACAACAACAAGAACAAACCCAAGAUGGAUUAUGGCAGGGAGGAGAAAAAUGAGAUGGAAUCAUCAGAGGCUUUUGAGUCACUAUUUGGGUUUGAGUCUUUUGAUUCUUCAAAUUCUGAUCUUUCACAAUCUCUGUCUCCUGAUGAGGCCAGUAUUACUAUUUUCCAAGAUGAAAGCAAGCCACCACAUUCACAAGAACCACUGUCAUUGCUAGAGAAGUGGCUGUUUGAUGAAGGAACAGGCUCACAAGGGAAAGAUUGCUUCAGUGAUAUUAAGUUAGAUGAGAAUGUUGAUCUUUUUUGAAGAGAUUUUUGCUUUUAUUUGGGAUUCUUUGGGGGAUUAGAUGAUGAAGAUUAAGCUAAUUAAUUAUUAUAGUCGCUUCAUUGAUGAGAUGGUAAUGAUUAAUCAAUAGCAGUAGAAUGGAAGUGUUAAUACGAUGAAUCAUAUUAAUAUUUGAUGGAGAU